AAAGAGUAAAAUUGAAAGGGUGUUUUAAGGGCAAAUAAAUUAGUUACACUACUCUAUAUAUUACUAUACUCUUUGAGCUACACUAACUAAAGCAUAAACAACAUUUUGACAUACAUCAUGAAAUUGUCGAUGGAUGGCUGUUUUGCUUCAGUUGUUUAUUUGGUGGUUAUAGUUGCUUGUGGUCUUUCAUUGUGCUUGGCUUGUGUUGUGAGUGAAACUUGUGAAUCGAAUCUAAGUAUCCUCAAUCUUAAUAAAAACACCGUGUAAAACGCGAUUGUUAGGUCUACAUUUAUUUUCUAUUUACAUUUUAUAGCAUCACUCUCAUUAAACGUAUUAUUGUAUUAACCAGUGGUAAAAUGAUUUAAUUAUUGAAAUCAAUAAGUAAUUUGUUAUUGCCCAUUGAAUAAUUGCACAUAAAUAAUUUGUGCUAACCUAUUGGGUCAGUAAGUAUGCAUAGAUUUGACAUGGACUUCAGCUCGCAAAAUCCAAGAUCUACAAACGCCUUAAAUUUAUGUUCGAGAUUUAACGAUAUUGAAACUCUUGAGUUACUACUGAAGAAAAUAAAUCCUAACUGCGUCGAUAACAGGGGGUGGACUUGCCUACACGAAGCGGCUUAUAAUGAUAACUAUGAGUGCCUUUUACUUAUUUUAAAGGACCCUCGAUGUAGGCCCAUGGCUGAGACUCAUGAAGGGCAUACUCCUUUAUAUCUCGCAUGCAAAAACCAAUGUUCACUGAAAACUAUCACAACUUUACUAAACUCUGCAGAUGAUAUUGCAAAUUAUGGCAGCACAGAGGGAGUGACACCUCUACAUCUGGCCAGUAGUCAAGGAAAUCUGGAGCUAAUAAAAUUAUUAUUAGAUUAUGGGGCUAUGAUUGAUGUGCAGGACUUUGAUGGAGACACUCCCUUACAUGAUGCAGUUCUAUCCGCACAACAUGAAUCAUUGGUCACUCUGCUGUAUGCUGGGGCUGAUCCAGAGAUCAAGAAUGAGCCAGGCUGUUUUACGCCAUUCCACUUGGCGUGCUGCAGAGGAUACUUCCCUACUAUAGAAACACUGUUUCCAUUUGUAAAUGAUAUAAACCAAGUGACUAUGACAGGUGAUUCACCCUUGACAUUGGCUGUUCAAGGAUAUAAUGAAGAUAUUAUUUAUUACUUAUUAGAUCAUGGAGCUGAUCCUCAUAUAAAGAACUGUAGAGGAGAGAUGGCUGUAGACAUGGCUUUGAGUGUUGGAACUAGUCCAGAAGUUUUCAAAUUGUUACUGUCUGUAACAGAUAGAAGUAAACUAAACAGGAAUAUAAUAUUCAAUGCUUGUAAACCACAUCAUUUCAACUCUAAAAUAUUAGAAAUUUUAUUGACCAGUGACCUAGGUCCAGAAUUCUUUAGUUUUUAUGAGCCAUUUCAAAAAAGGAUUGAUGUACUUGACGACUACCAACUAGUUUACAAGACACAUGCUCCACUGAAUGCAUAUCUGAAUAUCAGUGGAUACAUUUAUAAGAAUUCCCCAGAAAAGUUCAGAGAGUUUUUCUAUCUGUUCCUGAUGAGGGGAGUGGAUGUUAAUGCUUGUGAUGUUAGUGUGUGUCCACCAUUAGUGCAAGCACAGUAUGUUAAUUCAUCAUGCUACCUUGAAGUUUUCCAAAUACUAAUGGACCAUGGAUGCAAUGUGGAUUACUGUAGUAUGUCAGAGAUAUCAUCAGAACACUGGUAUCCUGAUGUAUUUUACUCAGCACUGAAUUUCUCUCCUACUUCAUUACCCACUUUACUGAAAUACAGUGUACAGUGUGAACCUGAAGAAAUACUACAUACAACUUUGGCAAGAGGACAAUUGGGUUUAAUACCACCACAAGUACAACAAGAGCUCUUAGAAAUGAUACUCACCAAUAUACAAGGGGUAAUAGUGGAAGCUCUUCCAUAUACAGUGUCAUCAUUGAAACAUUUAGCAAGACUCAAAGUCAGACAUAACAUCAGAAAAGCAAAAGGAGGAAUUAAAUCAACGACACAAUUCUUGUAUAUCAUAGAGAACUUACCUAUUCCUAAAGUGAUGAAAAACUACCUCAGAUACAUUGAAUAACAUCACUAAUAAAAUGAUAUUAAAAAAGAUAAUUAUUAUUAUUUUGCAUAAUAAAAAUCAGCUUGUAAGCUUUACUCAGUUUUAUGACCAAUAAAACUAUUCAUUUAUAUUAAAAUGUCUUUAUUCUUAUAUAAAUAUACAUGAUAUUAUGCGAUUACAUAUAGAUAUAAAAGAUUAUAUUAGGUAUAUAUUAAUACUAUACAAAAAAGAAUACAAAACAUUGGUAAUGAUUACUGGUUAUGUCUAUGAACCUUUAAAGUUAGCUCCGUUAGCCAUGUGUUCUUCAAUUUCGGCGACGCUGCAAGAAAAAAAGUCAUAUAAAUGCCUGCAGUAUGGUUACGUACAUGUGGCCUCUGUGGAGCUGUGGGGACAUUUAACACUUGCAUCUAAGAAAAUGCAGUCCCUGAAAAGUUGCAACUAGAUCUCGUUUCUAUAAGUACCUGUACCAACUCAAUCGACUAUGAGGAUGCAGAGAGCGCAUCAUUCAUACUCUAAGUCAGAUUUGAGUUGAAUAGUCUUAGCCCGACAUUAAUUAAAAAAUGACUUGCACCUCAUUGCUUAAAUGCUAUCUUAGCACAUUUUGCAUUGAUGUAAUAAGUAAAGGAUGACUGUAUUGUUUACCGAAUGAAUGGUAACUUAUGUUAUGUUUUCUGCUCGUGGAAUUGCUGUAUUCAGAGUUGUUUAAUGAUUACUUAAACUAUUCCUUAUUUACGAUUUUGUAUGGAAAACAAUUGCUAAGGACUGGGUUAAGUAAUUAUUAAAUGUCUGUUUUCGUUUUAAAUAAAUUUACUUAUGUAUUAGGUUAAGUUAUUUUAUAUAAAUAUUAUUUUAUGUUGCAUUUUGCCUAUCCCUUCGGGGAAAAUAAGGCGUGAUUUAUGUAUGUGUCUGUAUCUUCAGCAAUCAAAUACUUUUAUAUUAUAUUACUUAUAUUUUUAAUUAUUUUGUGUUUAGAAUAAGCAGCUAUGCUAUUCUGUAACUUUCAAUUCGAAAGAUCAAAGUAAAUUCGAGGGCGGUCUGCCAUGUCAUUGGUUGUGAAAAUAAUUUCGACCAAUGACGAGAUUGCGAUUGAGCUCACUUCGCAAGUUUGAAUUGACAGUAACAGAAUAGUGUAGCUGUCCUGACUGAAGUAUAGUUUUAAGAUAUUCUCUCGCCUGUACUACAGGGCUUGUCCUGGUAGGUACAAGCAUAUAACUUUGUGAGAGAUAGGGUGCGUAAUUAGAUAUAGUUUAUGUUUUAUGACCAUUUUAUUCGAAAUAAAGAUUAUAUUAUAUAAA